ACCCCAAUCCCACACCUUGUCCCCCACCUGCAUCACUAAGCCGCGUUUGCGCCGCUCUUCUCCGCAAGCUGGCUCUCCCUUCCCUCCUCUCGAGACAUUGUUCUCGACCACGACUCUUGACACAGCUUUGCCGGCCGCUUCAAUCGAGAGCUUUACCACGAACAUUCGCUACUGCUUCAAGCUACAGACCGAAGGCUUCCCCGCCUAUCCAAGCUCCAAAUCAGGUCCCACGUGCCCGCCUACGGCCUGUUUGCCCUUACGGAGGUACUGCUGUUAGGAGACAAUUGAGAUACUGCUCGUGUGAAGGUAGCAGUAGCUUUGCGAUCAUGGCGUCGGAUAGGGAUAUUCUGCCACACUGGGCGAAGCCCACGCACUACACCCUAUCACUCUACGACCUCGAGUUCGGCGGAAACUUCAAGUAUCAGGGUACCGUUGCCAUCAACAUCAACAUUGACAACAGUGAGGGCUGGAGCGAACUCGUGCUCAAUGCCCACCAGCUCAAGAUCCAUACUGCGGAAAUCAAGACAAAUCAGGGCAUCAGCGAGGCGAAGGAUAUCUCGUACGAUGAGAAGCGGCAGCGGGUUACCUUAAACUUUGGCACGACGAUCCAGUACAAGGGAGAGGCUGUCUUGACCGUUAAGUUUGAGGGAACUAUCAACAAUAUCAUGGCCGGAUUCUACCGCUCCAAGUACAAGCCUAAAGGCGAGGUCCCAGCUUCCGUCGCCAAGGAUGACGAGUUCCACUACAUGUUCAGCACGCAGUUUGAAUCCUGCGAUGCCCGUCGUGCGUUCCCCUGCUUCGACGAGCCUAAUCUGAAAGCUACCUUUGAUGUCGAUCUGGAGCUUCCAGAGGAUCAGACGGCCCUCAGCAAUAUGCCGGAGAAGGAGGUAAAACCGAGCAAGAAGCCGGGCUUCAAGACCGUGUACUUUGACCGGACGCCCAUCAUGUCAACGUAUUUGCUGGCCUGGGCGAUUGGAGAUUUUGAGUAUGUGGAGGCGUUCACAAAGCGCAAGUAUAAUGGCAAAAAUUUGCCCGUGAGGGUGUAUACGACGCGCGGGUUGAAGGAGCAGGGUCGCUUUGCGUUGGACAACUGCCAUAAGAUUGUGGACUACUUUUCUGAGCAAUUCCAAAUCGACUACCCGCUGCCGAAGGUGGACUUGCUUGCUGUGCAUGAAUUUUCACACGGCGCUAUGGAGAACUGGGGUCUGAUUACUUACCGAACCACCGCUGUUCUCUUCGACGAGAAAACCUCUGCCGAUAGCUAUCGCAACCGCGUGGCCUAUGUGGUAGCUCACGAGCUUGCUCACCAAUGGUUUGGCAACCUUGUCACCAUGGACUGGUGGAGUGAGCUCUGGCUCAACGAGGGCUUCGCCACCUGGGUUGGCUGGUUCGCUAUCGACCAUCUCUAUCCUGAGUGGAACGUCUGGGGACAGUUUGUUACCGAAUCCGUUCAAACAGCCUUCCAAUUCGACGGCCUGAGACUUUCCCACCCUAUCGAAGUGCCUGUUUACGAUGGUCUCGAGGUUGACCAGAUCUUUGACCACAUCAGCUACCUCAAGGGUAGCUCCGUCAUUCGCAUGUUGAGUGCUCACUUAGGCGAGAAGGUCUUCCUGCAGGGCGUUGCAGAUUACCUGAAGGCCCACAAGUACAGCAACGCGACAACGAACGACCUCUGGUCUGCCCUCAGCAAGGCUUCCGGGAAGGAUGUCAACAGCUUCAUGGACAACUGGAUUCGCAAGAUCGGGUUCCCUGUUGUCACUGUUGCUGAGGAGCCUGGCCAAAUCAGCAUUCGCCAGCAGCGCUUCCUCCUGUCGGGCGAUGUGAAGCCGGAAGAGGAUCAGACUGUCUGGUGGAUUCCGUUGGGUCUGCGCACCGGAUCCUCUGUGUCUGCCGCGUCGAUCCACAAGGUUCAGGCGCUCACCCAGAAGCAGGACACCAUCGCUGAUGUCGAUGAGUCGUUCUACCAGCUCAACAAGGACCUCACUGGUUUCUACAGGACCAACUAUCCCCCACAGCGUCUCGCGAAGCUUGGUGAAUCUCGGCAUGGUCUUUCGGUACAGGACAAGAUUGGCAUUAUCGGCGAUGCAUAUGCAACCUCUGUUGCUGGUCAUGGUGCGACUCCUGGCUUGCUGGCGCUCGUGGAAAACUUCCAAGACGAGUCAGACUACCUGGUCUGGAGCCAGAUCCUCAAGGAUAUCGGCAGCGUCAAGAGCAUCUUCUCUGGCGCAGAGGACAUCUCUGAAGGCCUGAAAAAGUUCCACCUGAAGCUGAUCUCGCCCGCGGUUGAAAAGAUCGGUUGGGAAUUCAAACAAGGAGAGGGCUUUCUCACUGGCCAGCUCCGUGCUGCGCUCAUCCUGUCUGCUGGUCUUGUCGGCCACAAAGCGACGGUCGACGAGGCUCUCAGGCGCUUCGACCUCUACAUAUCGGGUGAAGAUAAGUCAGCUAUCCACCCUUCGCUGCGUAAGGCUAUCUUCUCUAUCGCCGUGAAGGAACGCGGCGAAUCCGGCUUUGAGGCUGUGCAGAACGAGUAUCUUACCACCAGCUCCGUCGAUGGCAGGGAGAUUUGCCUGCAGAGUCUUGGCCGCGUCCAGACACCCGAGUUGGCACAGAGAUUCCUCUCCUUCAUCUUCUCGGACAAAGUCGCCAUGCAAGACAAGCACUCUGGCACCAUUGUCCUAGCCACAAACUCCAAGGUCCGCAUCGAAGUGUGGAAGUUCAUCCGCGACCGCUGGGACACCGAUGUGCAUCCUACGCUGUCGGGUAACCUCGUCGUCCUGGAGAGGUUCCUGCGGUUCGGUCUCAAUAAGUUCUCGGAUGCUAAGAUUGCGGAUGAGAUCAAGGAGUUCUUCAAGAAUAAGGAUAAUAGAGGGUAUGAUAAGGGGCUGGAUGUUAUUGAUGAUACGAUCCGGAGUUUGGAUAAGUAUAGGAGGAGGGAUGAGGGGGUCGUGAGGGAAUGGCUGAAGGCGAAGGGGUAUUGACUAGCGGCGAGGCUCUGAGGUAGGUCUGCAGUCAAAGGCGUCGCACCCGCAGAUGUCGGGAAGGGAGCGUGGAAAGGAAGUAAGCGUCGUCUGAUGGUCAUAGGAUGAGUGUCGUUCAUGGACAUGAAUCUAAAAGUGUGAAAUCUAAACUCAUGUGCUAAAC